UUCUGCUCUGCCCUGCGAGGAUCUUCUGUCCUCUCGCUGUAAAUGGGAUUAAUAUUCCGCCGCUCGUGAUCCGAGGACCGAGGGCCACGUCCGAGGGAUUUAUUUCACCCACGGAGGAUGCAUUAGGAAUACCCCGGGACCCCCGUGUGCAGACAUCAACAGCAUGGCUGCGUUUUACAGCUGCCUGCGAGGAGGAAAGGACAGUGACUGCAGCAUCAUGGCAUCGGAACCUGGAGAUGCCAGCGCUGCCCACGAGCCGUGUGAUGCAGCAGAGGAGUGUUCAGCAGGUAAAAAGAAGUCCAAGUUCCAGACGUUCAAGAGCUUCUUCGUGAAGAAGAAAGCAAAGGAGAGCGCGGCACCGUCGGCGGAGGGCGAGGUCCAGUCCAGUGAGGACGUCCACACUCGGGCGUCGCCCGUCCUCACCGACAGGGACAGCGACUCCGGGUCCAGGACGGGCGCAGGAAACGAGGCGCGGUCACAUGACAGCGUCAUCGCCUCCGACUCGCCCUCGUCCGAGAGGAACGAAGGUCUCCGGAGCUCCCAGGAUGGAAUCCACGGCAAAGUCAAAGCUCUCCAGAUGCAGCUGAAGCAGGCGAUCCGUCUGGGUUCUCCUGCGUCCGUCUCCAAGAGGAGGAGCGACGACAGCGUGACCCUGUCGGACGACGACGGUCUUCCCCGCAGCCCUCAGGAGUGCUCGACCCCCUGCACUGUACUCACCGCGUCCUCUCAGAGGUCGUCCGGUGUGGUCCAGAGAUGCAGUUCUGUCAGUCUGGAGGGAUCAGAGAGCGACGAUGAGCAGAUGUCUGGAGCUUCAUCGAGGCCGGAAACCCCACAGUCAUCCAUCCUCGUGGACUUCAGUCAGCCAGCCAGCUCCUUGUCCUGCCUGGAUAGCUCCGCCGCCCACCAUCGCAUCGCCGUCAAAGCCAACGCAUGUGCCCAGAGGAAGAGCGCCAGUAGGGAGCUCAGGAGACGAGACCUGAGAGAAAAAGUCCUUCUCAGAGACGCAGAAGACAAACUACAAGCUUCCAAAACCAGUACAGAUGAGGAGGAAAGCAACGAGGACGUAGUGGACAUCAGUGAAGCACAGGAGGCAUCUCAAAUAAGAGUAUCAUCACAGAAUGAGAGGGAUGAGCAUGCCUGCUCUCAAAGAGCCUCCAGAACAUCCACAACCUCUGCUGAAACCUCAGAGGAAGACUCUGUGUCUGCCAGGGAUCAUGUCGACUACCGUGAGAUACUGGAGUCCUCCUGGGAGAACCCGAUAACUCUGGAGCUCCAGACCGACGACUUCCUGUUGGACUCGGCAUGUGAGGUUGUCCCUGAGGAGCAGGGGUCACUGCUGGAGGAAGUCCUAAGCUCCCUGAAGGGUCCUCUGACGUCAGCCUUGAUGCUGGAGUCCAAGGAUACAGCUGCACAGAUGAAGGUGGAGGUCACAACCGAGGAAGACGUGGUGGCCAAGGAGAGCGCACCAAACCAAACUCCAGUCUUGGAGGACGAGAUACUACCAGUUCAGAGCACUCUUUCUGCAAUGGUCCUUCUCCAACGAGAGGUGGAGGAUCUGGAAGAAGCUUCACAGGAAGAUGGAGAGCAGGAGGUAGAAGCAUUUGCAAAGGAACCUUCACUUGAAGAAGAAGAUGUGCAAGUGUAUGAAGACGAGGUUGAACCAGAGGAUUACGAGGUUAAAAUUGAGAACCGUGAAGACCAGGAUGACUUGGCAAGGAGAGAUUGUGAAACCUUGGAAGAUGUUGGAGGUUUAGAGCAAAACAUCGAGGCAAAGGAGGUGGAGGAAGUUAUAGAUGAGGAAGAAGCAAGUAGGGAUGAAGAAUAUGCAUUUGAGGAGCAAGAGGACAGAGAUGCAGAAGAACUGCAAGAGCAAGUGGAACCAGAAGAUCAGUCAAGUCCAGUGGAACACAAAGUCCAACUUGAGAUCAAAUCAGAAGCAAGCUGUAACGUUGAAAGCCAUUACAAGUCAGACCAAGUGGUUGAAGACAGUGCCUUGGAAUCACCAGAAGAUCUCAGCCAGGCUGAAGAUCUCCCAGAGUCUGGUGAUCAUCCUUCCUUUGUGGUGACCACCAUGCUGGAUCUUUGUUUCCCCAGGAAAACCACAAGUGCUCAAAACCAGCCUGAGGAAAAGGAGGAUGAGCAGGAGGAGACCACUGAGCAGAAUCAUGGAUGUGAAGAAGACUCCAAUGACAACCUUGAGUUAUCAAUUGAAAAUGAAGAACCACAGGAGCAAACCCAUGCCCUGGUGAGGUCCACCUCUAAUGAUGCUCUCCAAGAACUAGAUCAAGAAGAAUCACCCUCCACGCCGCAGGAUGAACCUGUAUUCAAAGAGUCUCCAAGCACAGAUGAAUCUUCUGAGAUGUCCACCAAUGCAGUUGAGUCUCCAGUCCAGAAAGAGAAAUGUGAACCUCCUGAGGAGGCCGCCCCCGAAAAUCCCUUCGGAGUUCGGCUGAGGAAGACGGCGGCUCUGCAGCGCUACGUUUCUGGAGAAGAAGGUCCAACUCCGAGUGUGCAGGCGGAACCUGCCGAGGUACAGAAGGCUCCUUUUGGAGGACACCUUGCCAGAAGGACGUCGUUGCCCAAAAAGCCUGAUCAGCCACCUGAUGGUGGCGUGAAGCCCAGGAGAACCUCAGAUCAUGCAGUCGGGAACGUGGCAGCGGAGACCUCAGAAGGUCCAAGCUGGAUCUCUCUGGCCAGACAGAAGCAGAAGGUCUUUAAAGAGAACUCCCUGGAUGAGUCUUCACAGGAGGAAGUUAAGGAGACGUCACCUGAUUUAUCCAGUCCAGUCAGCAAGGAUCAUCUGAAACCGGUCACUUCACCUGUUAAAGUUCCGUGCCUCCUGGACAUUUCCAAACCAGCGCCGGUCGAGAAGGAGAGGAGAAGCACCAGCCCCCCAGCGCCGGGUCCAGCCCCGACUCCUGUAACCCAGGACGAACCGCCGUGGCUCGCUCUGGCCAAGAAGAAAGCCAAAGCCUGGAGCGAGAUGCCUCAGAUCGUACAGUAGAGAAGACGCCGGGCGGCGGCGUGGUCUCUUCCGUGAUGUUUUGCACACACAGAAAUGUUUUCGGUUUCUUCGUCACCGUUUCGCACACGAGAAUUGUACACAAAUGAGAGAAACAAACGGCGGGGAGCGGAGACGAACGUCAGGAGGACGCGUUUGUUCCGGCCUCCCAACCGAAGGAGAAAAACUCCUUCUUUUUUUAAACACACAGCAAAUUUAUUUUCUAUAAAUGUUUAUUUUUAACCACGUGAAGCUCUCGUUAAUGGACAAUCUUGCUUUCGAUUCUUUAAAGAUAAAAUAAAACGCGCUCAGGUGGUGCAGCGAUAAUAAAACACGCUAGCACACCAGAGCUGGGAUCUCAAAUAAAUCGUAUCGAAUCUCAGCUCUGCCAGGGAUAGGGAGCUCAUAACCGAUGCAAUAGCGACCUCUGCUGGCUGGUUGAUUUGAGAUAUAAUGCUGCACAAGGCUGAUCGGCAUAUGAAAAGAUGCAGUCGGCUACUGCACACGUGUCGGAGGGGGCGUGUGUCAGUUCGCUCUCCUCAAUCGGAACGGGUGUCAGCACCGGUAGAGUGCGUCCAAUCGGGUAAAAAUUGGACGCACUAAAAAUAAAUAAAGCAUUUUCAUUAAAGAACUCACAAACACGGCUCUGAUCAGGGCGGAGCAGCUCCGUCGUCGCAGUAAUCGUGAGAAUCGGAGAAUAAAUCUUUGUAUUUAUUUAUCGCUCUCGUGCAGGUUUUAUGGAACGUCGUUCUAUUUUUGUAUCACUUUACCCUGCACAGUUUGUAUCUUGUAAAUAAAAAAAAUACAACUAAAGAAAUAAAA